AAAGCAAGUUUCCCAUUUACCGAGCGCUGCCGGCACCCGCCGAAGGAGGAGCCGUCCCGACGAGGCGUCCCCGUUCCCAGCCCGCGGGCUCUGGAGUUUAUAAAGCGCAGGAUUAGCGCCCUGAGGGCACGGCCACACCUGGAUUUACCUUCCGGCCCGCGGGCAGCGCCGCUCUCCGCGCUCGGCGGACCUUUUGGGGAAUACAGAACGAGCGGCGCGAGGAUGAGAGCGCGGCGCGCCUGCGGCCUGACGCUGCUGUUAGUGCUUUUGCAGCAGAGCGCGUCCGGCUCCGGCGUCUUCCAGCUGAAGCUGCACGAGUUCGUCAACAGCCGCGGGGCGCUGGCCAGCGGAGAGCCCUGCGCCCCGCACUGCCGCACCUUCUUCCGUGUCUGCCUCAAGCACUUCCAGGCGGUGGUGUCGCCGGGCUCCUGCACCUUCGGCAGCAUCAUCACCCCGGUGCUGGGGGUCAACUCCUUUAGCAUCCGCGACACGGAGCGGUUCGACAGCCCCAUCAAGCUACCCUUUAACUUCACGUGGCCGGGGACCUUCUCGCUCAUCAUCCAGGCCUGGCACGCGCCCGCCAAUUACCUGCCGCAAGGCUCGCGGCCGCCGCCGGAGGAGUGGCUCAUCAGCCAGAUGGCCAUCCAGCGGUCGCUGGCGGUGGGUGAGGUCUGGUCUCAGGAUGUGCAGAGCAGCCUGCUGACCCAGCUGCGCUACUCCUACCGCGUGGUCUGCAGCGAGAACUACUACGGAGAGAGCUGCUCCCGCCUCUGCAAGCGCCGCGACGACCGCUUUGGGCACUAUGUCUGCGAGGUGGAUGGCAGCCUGACCUGCCUGCCUGGCUGGACCGGCGAGUACUGCACCAAGCCCAUCUGUCUGUCUGGAUGUGCCGAACAGAAUGGAUAUUGCACCAAGCCUGGAGAGUGCAUCUGUCGUUCUGGUUGGCAAGGCCGCUACUGCGAUGAAUGCAUUCCCCACAUAGGCUGCCGCCAUGGGACUUGUAAAACACAAUGGCAGUGCAUAUGUGACGAAGGAUGGGGUGGCCUCUUCUGUGAUCAAGAUCUGAACUACUGCACCCACCACAGACCAUGCAAAAAUGGAGCAACUUGCAUGAACACUGGCCAGGGCAGCUAUACGUGUUCAUGCAAACCUGGCUUUACUGGUGUUGACUGCGAACAUGAGAUCAGCGAGUGUGACAGCAAUCCCUGUAGGAAUGGCGGUAGUUGCACAGAUUUGGAGAAUGGUUAUCGCUGCGCCUGCCCCCCUGGCUACUAUGGAGCUCACUGUGAGCACAGUGCUUUGACGUGUAUCGAUUCUCCGUGCUUCAAUGGAGGCACAUGCUUGGAAAAAGAACAAGGAGCCAGCUACACUUGUGUUUGCCCUUUUGGUUUCACGGGGUCAAACUGUGAAAAAAAAGUAGACAGGUGCACAAGCAACCCAUGUGCAAAUGAUGGUAAUUGCUUUUACCUUGGUCAGAUUCGUGUGUGUCGUUGUCGGGCUGGCUUCUCUGGUCAGAAAUGUGAGAUUAACAUCAAUGACUGUGCCAGGAACCCGUGUUCCAAUGGGGGAACUUGUCAUGACCUGAUCAAUGACUACACGUGCACGUGCUUGCCAGGCUAUAGCGGCAGGAACUGUGACAUCAAGACCAGAGAUGAAUGUGCUUCUGGGCCAUGUGAGAACGGAGGCACAUGCUACAGUGGACUUUAUAGUGCCAACUUUGUCUGCUACUGUCCUUCUGGCUUCAUGGGCAGCCGUUGUGAACUACCAGUUUAUUCAGUGCCCAUCACACUUCCUCCUAAACCAGUCCCCUGGAUUGCUAUAUCUAUGGGAGUGGGGCUUGUGGCUUUGCUCAUACUGUUCUGCAUGAUAGCAAUGGUCAUCAGGCAGAUGAGGAUGCACCCACAGCAGGACUUGGAGACGAUGAAUAACCUGUCUGACUUCCAGAAGGACAAUCUCAUUCCAGCUUCCCAGCUCAAAAACACCAAUAAAAAUAAAGACCUUGAAGUGGACUGUGGGCUCGAGAAGUCAAACUACAAACCCAAGAAUCAUAAACUGGACUACAAUCUAGUAAAAGAUCUGACGAGUAGAGGGACACAGGAAGAUAAAUAUUACAAAAGUGAAAAGUGUUUAGGAGAGAAGUCUCCACUCCGACUACACAGUGAAAAGCCGGAAUGUAGAAUAUCAGCAAUAUGUUCUCCAAGGGAUUCAAUGUACCAGUCCGUCUUUGUGAUAACAGAAGAAAGGAAUGAGUGCAUCAUAGCCACAGAGGGAUCUCAGCAUACACCUCAUCUCUUCAAUGGCAUGCAGGAGUGCCCAAGAAAACAGAACAUAUGUGGGGAGAAAUAAAGAAAUGAACAGCUCUGAUUUUAUUAAACCAGAGAUUCUGUGUUUAGAUAAGUCGGUGGGAGAUGAAAGCACUGAAUGUCAGCCUGUAAAGAUUCAAUGUAUCACAGGAUUAUUUCCUCUUAAUCAGAAGGAAAAAAAAAAUAAAAAUAGUUCAUGGCCCCAUUGAUGUAAAGCUGUGCAUUUUCUUUUUUUCACCCCCAUUACUACAAUAGAUAAUCUGUGUUCAGUGACAACAAGCAAAGCUUUAGCUUUCCAGCAGAAGAUGAAAAGUAACUGAAUAUGUUAGUGGAUAGGCAGAACAGCUAUUUAGUAAGUCUGUAGUAAGACAUGGAAGGAAAUUUCAACUUCUUGGCAUUUAGCUACAUAUUCGUGGCUGUAACAGAAUUUAAUGCUGUUUAAGUUAUCCAGAUGUUGACAUUAUUUUGAAAAGGUAGAGAACAGUACAAAAGGAGGAAGUGAAGAUCCAGCUGGUUCCAAAAGGACUGUUGACACUUUAGAGAAAGGCCCAAAGAGAAGUUAAAAGCAAUUUAUCACAAACCAAUACCUUUCAGCGUAGUCACCAUUAGUGCUCGUUUCAGUUAGAGACUCCAAGAAGCUUGCUGUGCCAUAUAGCAACGACCUGUGAAGUCAGAUGAGCAGGAUUCUGUCUCCCUUGCCAGGGUGGAUAUCAGAUUUCUGCUUGAAGGCAAGCUGGAAUAUUAGUCAACCAACAAUAUUAGAAGUUUAAGACUAACAGAAAGGAUUUUCAAAGAUAUAAAUGAUAGUUAGAUGCUUCAUUCCUGGUAGUAGACCCAAAUACCAUAUCUUCCUUUUGAAGACCUUGCUGGCAAAAGCUGAUUUUUACAUUGGUUUCCCCCAGAAGUAUUUUUAAUAUCAGAAUGGCAGACCCUGAAACUUUUCUGCAAAGCACAUAAGCUAUCUAGCCAUACCAUAUGCUAUUUACAGAGACGUUAUGUUAAACACCCAGAUUUGUACGAUUUAUUCUAGGCUUUCCUUCCCUCACUUCAGGUAGGGAAGGCUACUUAUCAUACAGAUGAGUUGUUUGACUAUUCUCUCAGGAGGCAGGCAAAAGUAGUGAAUACUGAUAGCUAAACUGCAGUAAUGUCUGGCUUAUGUUACUUUGGUUUGACGUAACUAUAGUUUGUUAGUUCUGCUGUAUUCUGUGCUUCCUUCUCAUUCCUCAAAUUUUUCUAUCC